AUGAGCGCAAGCAAGGCCGUGGUCAAGAAUGCCGAUAUGUCGGAGAGCAUGCAGCAGAGAGCUGUAGACUGUGCCAAAGAGGCUAUGGAUCAGUACAACAUUGAGAAAGACAUUGCUGCGCAUGUAAAGAAGGCAUUUGAUAGAGAAUACGGUCCCACCUGGCACUGCAUAGUGGGACGUAACUUUGGCAGCUAUGUGACACACGAGGCACGGAACUUUAUUUACUUCUACAUGGGACAAGUGGCCAUCCUCCUCUACAAGUCUGGCUAA